AUGAAGAGAUCGAUGUCUAAUUCUAAUAACAGUAGCCGAUUUGGUCAGUGGCACGACGACUACGACUCGAACCGUCCCUACAAGAAGCUAAAAACAGACCGCGUAACAGAGGACGAUGCUGAUUCAUCUUCCAAGACGAACACUUUCCAGAAGCAACCAAUCAUAAGCAACAAUGUUCCAGAUACCGAGUGGUGGGUCGUGACUCGUUUUCGUGGAAAAGUCUCAUACGGCUCUGUUCACGUAGCCGUGAGUACAGCCAUUGGAGAAGAUAACUCUCUCCCUAACGAGAUGGCAAUAAAAACCACCGAAUUCUCACAAGCCUCACGUCUCAAGAACGAGGGAAAAUUCUUACACCGUCUCCAAGAUAGCCCGUACGUUGUCUCCUACUACGGAAACGUAGACGAGAACACCAAGAAGAUGCUUUACAACACGAUUCUUGAGUACUGUCCAGGGCAAUGCCUCGAGAAAAGCAUCAAAAGCCAGAGAGGAAGAGGGUUACCAGAAAACGAUGUGAAGAGAUUCGCUGUCGAUAUCUUGUCUGGUCUCAGGGAUACACAUGGAAAGGAGAUCAUACACUGCGACAUCAAGCCCAAGAACAUCUUGCUCGCUGCUGAUUUGUCUGGACUGAGGAGACCUUAUGGGUUUAUUGCUAAGAUCUCUGGUUUUGGGAAAGCGAAGAGGAAAGGGUCGGAUGAGUACGGUGAAGGAUGGGGUCAAAGGAGAGGCACAAGACGGUUUAUGUCACCGGAGCUUAUAGGAGACAUGGUUUUGGACUAUGGUGCGGAUGUGUGGGCCUUUGGUUGCACGGUUCUUGAGAUGUUGACAGGAAAACGAGUUUGGGAAGAGGAGGGUGAGCUUGAUUGGGAAGAUUGGAUUACUCUCAUUGGUGAUAGUGGUGCGGUUCCUCAUGUCCCUGAUCAUUUGUCUGAUAAAGCUAAGGAUUUUCUCUCAAAGUGUUUGGAGAGAGACCCUGCCCGUAGGUGGACUGUUGAUCGUUUGAUCAGACAUCCGUUUGUUUACGAUUACUCU